AUGAGUAAGAAAAUUAUUGAGAGCCGAGCUCGUGAAAUUAUCAUUAAAGUAGACAACUAUUUCGUCAGAGAGAAGGAGGAAACUGAGGGAUUAAUUCAAACUGUAUCUCGCUGUGUGAAAAAUACACCGGAUAACAGCGAAGACGUAAUUAUUUCGAAAAAAAUUGUAACAGAAAUUUUGAAACAUUUAAAAAAUACGACAAGGGUAACAGAACGUGUAUUAAGCGCUACAGGAAUUGCAAAAAAUACAGUAACAAAAUUAAGACGCGAAAAAGAAAUAGCCUUAGCAAGUGGUACUAAAAUUAGGACACCAAUAAAAAAGAGUAGGGGUAAAAAAGUAUUUUUCGAUGCAGGUGCAAUAUUAGAAUUGAGAAAUAUUAUAAAGACAAUUGAAGAAAGGAAAGAAAUACUUACUAUGCGAAAAAUUAUGGCUACUGCUCAAGAAGAUUUAAAUUAUAAAGGAGGUGAGACAACAUUACGACAAAUAAUAAAAAAUGAACUAGGGUAUACUUUCAAAAAUCUGCACAAAAUCAGUUUUGAAUCUGAUCAAAAUAUAGAUGAAGUCUACAGUGAAGUUGAAACUUAA